ACCUAAUUACUUUAUUUCGUACCUAAUCUAGUAGUAUUCCUACAUAUGUACUUUACCUAUUCUAAGUUGCGACCACCCCCCUAUAAUAAGGUUACCUAGCUGCAUAUCUCGGCCAACCUCGUAAUAGGUACCUGCCUGUUAUUGUUGCGACUUCCCUGAGAAACGCGAUUACUGUGAAUUUCUUAUGAUUGAGGGUUCUGCCUAAGGUCGUUCUUCCUAUUAGCAACUUUCUAUAACAUUAUUAUGGUAUCUCUUCCUCCACGGAUACAAAAACUUAGCUACAAUUUUUUUAAGCUUCUUCCAUUUUAACUCCCCGAUGGAUCGCAACGUGUGACAUCACCAUUAGCACCGUCGCUACAAUGGCGCCGACAAGUUACCCCAAAGGCACGAGUAACGCCGAAGCUCGCAAGACUGUAGCACUUGCGCCUAUGGCGAAACAUGCUUUGCAAAAGAAUACUCAUCCGCAGCGAAGUUCUUUGCGUAGAGCUGUUCGAGAAAGUCUACUUGACUUAUCAGCCGUAGCAACUAUCACUACUCCUCCCCCUAGUUCUCAGGCACUAUUUCUCCCUUCGCCGUCAUCAACACCAUCUACCUCAACAUCACGCAUUAAUGCCACUACACAGCGCAGCUCUUUGCGUCGAGCACUGAAAGAAAGCUUGCGUGAUGUCACCGCUAUCAGUACUGUCGCCACGAUAACAACCACUUCCCCACCAACUCUAUCGCCAACUCUAUCGCCAACUCUAUCGCCAACACCGCCAAUAACUCCUAGAUUCAUGUCAGCCAGAAGCUCUACUCCAUCGUCACCAUCUUCGCUAGUAAAUAUGCUGGAAACACCCGUGACGCCUUCCUCGAUAUCGCCGCUGAAUUCUACUACUGCCAGAUCGUCACCUGAUUCGGCUUCAACUCCCACUUCCCUCUCCUCAUUGCAAAGUAACAGGAAGUCCACAAUAUUGCAGAAGCAGCACCUGAGGUGGCUAGGAAGAAAGCUCGAGUGUUUAGAUAACAAGGAAAGCGACGGUUCGGGACGCACUGGGAUUGAUAACGGAGAUGAGCGCAGUGAACAUCCUGAAGUGGUGGACAAGACUGAUAUUAAUGGUAUCCCUACAUCCCGCAAGGGCUGGUACCGCGUGCGGUCCAUCAUCACCGAGGCUCACGACCGAAACGGUCAUCUCAUCUACUUUGUCGACUGGGAGGGUCAUGACCCUCGCACUGGAAUCGGCUGGCCAGGAUCCUGGGUUAAUUCGAAGAAUGUCUCAGAAGCUGCAAUUCGUGAGUGGCAGGACAAGCGAACCAAACAGGAUCCUGAUAAGAAGAUGGUCUUAUAAUGACCAGGAAGCAAGGAGAGCGAGGGACAAACCAAUGCGCCAGCCUACUUGCACCAUCACCAAGCAAUGUCCAUUUCGAUCAUGCUAUCCAUCUCUUGCUCAUUAGCUAACCAUCGAAGCCUGAAGCCGAGAUACGACGAGAGGGGGGAUUUAUCGAGACGCAAAAUUACUACGUAUCUCCGAGUAGCCAGAAACUUUGCAUUUCUUAGUCGAACGGACUAAACCAGUUAGCAUGAAAUAUGCUGCUGACGCAUGUAAGAUUAUGUAUAUAAAAUUCCUAGCAGGCAAAUUCGCCAAUAAACUGGCAAAAUUA